AACCUUCCGAGCUGCCACCAUGAUGAGAGUGGUGCCUGUCCUGCUGUUCCUGACCCUCCUCCUGGGUCCCUCUGUCCCCCAGGAGACCGAGGCUGGUCGUGACACGCUGACCUAUUUCUACAUUGGGGUGUCCAAGCCCAGGAAAGGCCUCCCCGCGUUUCAGGCCAACGGCUUCCUCAAUGAGCAGACCUUCCUCCAGUAUGACAGCACCUAUGGGAAGGCUGAGCCCGUGGGACCAUGGAGACACGUGGAAGGGAUGGAGGACUGGGAGAAGGAAAGCCAGCUUCAGAAGGCCAGGCAGGACAUCUUCCUGGAGACCCUGCAGGACGCCAUGAACUAUUACAACAGCGACG